GACAUAAACCCUAUUUUUUCUUCUUUAUUCCCCACUCAUCAUCUCUUUCAUCUUUCUCUCUCUCUCCUCUCUCUCUCUCUCUAAAAUCAAAUCGAUUAUCUUCAAACUUUUGCAUAAUCAAUCCAUGACGCUUGGCUCAGGUGGAUCGAGUGUUGUAGUGCCUAGAAAUUUCAGGUUGCUCGAGGAGCUUGAGCGUGGAGAAAAGGGGAUCGGAGAUGGCACUGUGAGUUAUGGAAUGGAUGACGGUGAUGACAUUUACAUGCGGUCUUGGACCGGAACCAUCAUUGGCCCUCACAAUUCUGUACACGAGGGCCGCAUCUAUCAGUUGAAGCUAUUUUGUGACAAAGAUUACCCAGAAAAGCCACCUACUGUUCGUUUUCAUUCUCGGGUCAACAUGACUUGUGUCAACCAUGAAACUGGAGUGGUGGAACCAAAGAAGUUUGGGAUACUGGGCAACUGGCAAAGAGAGUACACAAUGGAAGAUAUACUGGUUCGGUUGAAGAAAGAGAUGGCAUCCCCACAUAACCGCAAGCUUGUCCAACCCCCGGAAGGUACCUGUUACUAGGGAUCUUUAAGAAUGUUGUGACAGUUUAAUUGAAUCAAAAUUGACACUUUAAUGGGUUUGGGAUGUCUUGAAAGAAAAAGCCAUCUGAUGGCAGAAAUGUGGACUUGUUUGAUUAAUGGGAUUCGUGUUCGUGCUUAAUAUAUGUAUUGGUUUGCAAAAUAUAUGUUCGAUUUAGUUAGUUUCGAGGCUUUGUUGAA